GGAGGAGACUGUGCCCGUGGAAGUCAACAGAAGAAGAGAGAAGAAAUGGCUCGAAAUGUUCAGUAAUUGGGACACGCACAUGCUCAAGCGAUACAAGAAAGUCAGAGACCGGUGUCGCAAAGGAAUACCCUCUGCUCUGCGGGCCAGGGCGUGGCAGCACCUUUGUGGGGCACACAAACAAUUGCAGCGUAAUCCGGGCGUGUUCGACCAGCUGGCGGAGGCACCGGCAGAUCCUCGGUUAGAGGAUGACAUCAGAAAAGAUCUUCACCGUCAGUUUCCUCUGCACGAGAUGUUCCUCCAGAAAGGGGGCCAUGGACAAGAAGAUUUGUUCAGAGUCCUGAAGGUUCAUGCACAAGUCUCGCCUGAUGAAUACUGUCAGGCGCAUGCCCCUAUUGCCGCUGUGCUCCUUAUGCAGAUGCCUGCGGAACCAGCCUUCUGGUGCUUGAAAGCUAUCUGCGACAAAUAUGUUCCUGGUUAUUAUGCUCGUGGUCUGGAAGCCAUUCAGGUUGAUGGUGAUAUCCUGUACAAACUCUUGAAGAAAGCUUCGCCCUCGGCCUAUAAACACCUCAAAAAACACAAAAUCGAGCCAGUACUCUACAUGACAGAGUGGUUCAUGUGCCUCUUUUCACGAACGUUACCCUGGGCAUCUGUCCUGCGAGUGUGGGACAUGAUAUUUUGCGAGGGUGUCAAGGUGUUGUUCAGAGUUGGUUUGGUGCUGCUGAAGUACGGACUGAGACCGCAGGUACUCAAGCGCUGCCCCGGGAUGUAUGAGACACUCCAGGCUUUGCGCAACAUUGAGCAUGGUGUUAUGGCGGAAGGUUUCCUCUUAUUCCAGAUGCAAAGGUUGGACCUGAGUGAAGAUGACCUACAGAAGGAACACCAGCGCCAAGUGCAAAAGCGAAGACAGGCCAAAGACGCUGCAACAAAUGGCAGAUAGAAUGCUGCAGAAAGGCUGCCAAGGCCCAGCCCGUUGAGCACUGAGUUCCGCAGUGAACUGAGCUAGCUCACCGACAUGACAAAGUGUGAUGCCAUACAAGAUUCCAUAAUCUGUUUUACAUACCCGAAAUAAACCUACAUCCUUCUUGCGCCAUUUCCAGAUGUGAAGUCUGCAUGUCAGGUUUACUGCUGUGCUCAUAUGAUGCAUAUGAAUGAUGUGUAAUGUACACCAUGCACUAAUAUUCAUUUGUUGCCUAUGUUAGUUCCAUUAGGCUGGAGAUAGUCAGCUUACUAGACAAAUAAGACUGUGGGUGCCAGCAUCUGGAUGAAAGUUUGGAAUCCUGUCCGGAGAUUUAUAUUUUUCCUCAUAUAAUUCAGGUAACUGGAGAUGAAAGGUGAUUAGCACUGUAAGGAGAUGCCGAGGCGACUUUAAGGAGAGGUGGCCGAAGCAGAUGUUUAAUUGGGAAAUGGAAUGUGUGUAUAAUGUAAUUUGAAAUGAGACGGAUUCCCUUGUUACGAUGCUGAUAUGUAUAAAUCUUGCCUUGUGUGUAUUGAUGAGAGAUCUUCCAAGUGAAGCGAGUGUGUUGCUCCGUUCAAGUUGCAAACUAUCUGAUGAAGUCAUCUUUUGUUAUCUAUUUUUCUGAAAAAGAAUGAAAUCAAACAGAAGAAAGAUCACUUCCAGAAACACUCCUAGGUUUAGUACAAGUUUACCCCUCUCUCUCCACAAAAGAAAGGAAGGGAAAAGAAGGAAAGGAAUGACAAUUUUUAUGGUGUUGAUACACCUUUCAUGAAGUAGUGAUUGUUAAUAGUUAUUUAGAGAAAUAUUUUGGUAUAUUCUUCCUUCUGGCGAUGGUUUGAUAGCAUGCAUGGAGCAGAAAAUUUAGUAGAGAAACUGCCUCAUGUUGGAGCAUAUGUGGCCCUCAGUUUCUUGGGAACAGAUGUGUCAUUAGCAAGAAUUAUAUUAGAUGAUGUUCUUUGUAAUAAGGAAUUUUGCAUAUCAUCUAUUCAGUAUUUCAUUUGUACAAAUGGCCAAAGGAGUUGAAAAAAAAUUUAGUUAGAAAGUUUGUUUCUCCCUUUUUCAAAACUUCCCAAAGCAAAUGUAAAAGGACUUGUGCCUGUACAGGUGUGCCGUAAAAACCUGGUUCUCCGGCAGUAGUGUAGCAUGUGGGAGACGCAGACGGGAUCGGCAGUUGUGUGUGUGUUUUGGGUGUGAUCAGUGUGUGCCGCAGGUACAGCUGGGGAUAAGAUUUGAUAAAGUUGUAGUUGUGUUUCCUUUGGUGAAUGGCCAUGGAACUGACCAGUGCCUCUUGCAUGUAAGAAUGAUAUAUUUAGAUGAGAUAAAUAUAUAUAUAUAUUUUGUGUCAUGUGUAUAAAAUGUACAGACAGAUGUUUAAAAGCUUGCACAUUAAUAUUAGAUAUUAAUUUAUAUUGAUAAAUUGAAAUGCCAAAAAAAAAAAAAAAUCCUAUAUUAACCUAAUUGUAAGCUAUCACCUUAAUGGUAAAAGGAGAUAUAAAAGUCUUCAGUUGAACUAAACAAGCCCUAAUAUUGAGAAAAAAACAUUGUAUAUCAGAUUAUUCAGAUUGGAAAAUGAUUGUACACUUCUGAUUAGUUUUAUGUAAUAGAGUAUUGUCAUAAUUUCCUGUAGGGUUAUGAAUCUCUCGUAUUUAUUUGAAGACAAUUGUUUUCUGUUGUUAUUCCACUUAAUUGAAAUGGAUUAUUGGACAAUAAUUUAAUAAAGAUAAGAGAAAAUAACUGAUGUGGAUGGGACCCAUGAAGCGGAGAUUAUAAGUGUAACAGACUAACCAAGCAAAAUAAAAUCUUUUGGAAAAGUAGAUAAGUAAAUAAGAUACCUAAUGAAAGGAUGUGGCCACAAUUUUUUAAAAUUUUUAUUGCAAUAUCAUUUCAGUUUCCUAUAUAUUUGUGGAAUAAGAAAAUAGAAAUUAACAUAUUUAGUUUGCUCACUUCCACUGUUUUCUUUCUUUCUGAAAAUUGAAAGUCGUGUAAAUAUUCAGUUUGGAAAAUAGAUUUCAUAGAUAACACUAUGCCUUUAGCCAAAAUAAGAAAUACUUGAAGUGCUUAAACAUAACAGAGAAGAAAGAGAAAUUAGAUGAACACAAGUUGCAAACUGUGCAUGUCCACUUCCUUCUUUAUUUUUGAAUUAACACACUGGACAUCCCCCCAAAAAUACAUAACCUCUUUUUUUUUUUAAGUUGUAUACAUGUAAUGUUAGAGAGUAGAGCAGUGCAUACAUACAUGCAAAAAAUCUCUCCCAAAUUUUCACUUACUUGUCCCACACACACUACACCCAUACUCCCACAUUCCGCAUUGCCCUGGCUUCCCUUAUCGAUGUACUACAUGCAAAUAUACAAAGCAUGGACUUUCGUCUUGCACACACGCAAAUGAAUAAAUUUACUAUUUUUUCCCCAUUUAUUUUAGUUAAUUCUGUUUUUUUAAAGGAAGCAAAUGGGACCAUUUUAUCAAACCUUUUUUAUAUUUAUACUUAUCCUCCUAUAAUGGAUAAGGCUCCUUUUCCUAUUUUGAAAUUUUAAUUGAAUUUUAAACCAUUCACAAUUUCCAUUCCAUACCCAUCAUAUCCCCCCAGUAUUAGGUGGCAAGAUUUUAAAGACCUUUCAAUUAUGUUGGUGAGUAUCAGACCAAUGAUAAAAUGUUGAUGGAUAGUUUAGGCAACCAUUGGUCAAUAGACACACUUCACGUCCAUUAGAAGUCUCCUUUGGUUCAAAGAAAAUGUCCGUAUUGGUAAGAAGUACUUUUUUUCUUCAAAUAAUAAUCUUAUUUUACAGAUAGAUGCAAGAUUGAAGAAUUUGCUAUAUUACCUCUGUAUUCUGAAGUGAUGAUCAGCUGAAGCAUUGUACCAUAAGAGUGAUGAAAAGUUUGCAGUUGGAAGGAUUAUAAAUGGAACAAAUGUCCUUGCAGGUAGCUUGAUGUUACAGCAAUUGAUUUUAAGUAUUUAAGGGGUCCCCUGUUUUAUGAUUCCCCGAUAGAUGGUAUUUAAUUUGCUAUUACGGGUUUCUCAAGUCAAAGAAUCCCUUGUUAACUGAACUUGAGAUGACUUGUAGCCAUUUCAGUUGCUGUAACUUAGAUCAAAGACGAGUGUAUAAUCCAGCUUUUGCUAUUUAAUGGAAAAUAAACAUAUUUUUGUUGCACAUAUCUGACUGCAAAUCAAGUCUUACCAGUAUUAAACACACGAUCUUGAAAUGUCACUCAAUUGUAAUUUGUCUUAUUUUGGAAGAAGGAAAAAAAUUAAUCAAAGUUGAAAUCAAUAAAGAGCUUUCAUAUGA